GUGGAAAAUGAGUUGGUCAACCUGCCUAUAUACCUUAACAACAGUCAGGUAUCCGUCUACAGGAGUGGCUGGUACGCUGUGGUCACCACCAGCUUUGGCCUUAAGGUCUCCUUCGACUGGAACAGCGCAAUGUUUGUCACCCUGCCCUCCACCUACCAGGGUGCUGUCUGUGGCCUGUGUGGCAACUACAACACCUAGCCCCAAGAUACCCAGAAACGAGGCCACCCCUGCCUGGCCAGAGGACCUCGGGGCCAGUUGGCGCGUGGAGGAGAUCCCUGGCUGUGUCCAAGGCUGUAAGGGGCCUGUCCCAACUGUGAAGUCACCCAAAAGAGGCCGUUUGAGACGGGGGAGUUCUGUGUCCUGCCACUUGCCAGAGCGUGUCCCCUACACCAGGCUGCCUGGCACAGUGUAAGGAAGGCUGCUCCUCAGUGUUGACCACUGUGUCCCCUUCACCCAGUGUGGCUGUGUCCAUGGCGACCGCUACUACAACACCGACCAGGUGUUCUAG